AUGUCUGGCGGGCAGUAUUAUUAUCAACAAUUGGAAGAAAUGUUGCAUUCUGCUGCAGUUGAUCCAUUACCAGAAAGGAUUAUCAACAAAAUUAUAAUGAUUCUGAAGAAGAGCAACACACUAUUCGACGAAAAGGAUCCCUUAUUUUUGAAAGAACUUCAAGAAUUGAAAGAGAGUUACGAGGAAGUUAUGAGAACUACUAGAAGAGAUUUUGUUCUGGGAACGAAAAAAGAUAAUGGAGAAUCUUCUACGAAAUUUAGGGUAUCAGAACCACGAAGCAUUAAGACAUAUUGCAAAGAAAUUAUUUCAAAAUGUCUGUCUUAUGAGGAUGAAAUGAUGAGCUUCUGGUGGCCUGAAAUUAGCUUGAUAUUCUCCGAGAAGAAGAAUCUUGCAGAUUUCAGAGGCAGGCAACGCUGGUCAAUUUUGAAUUGUGUGCACAAUAUAAUUCUGCAGACAUUAUAUUUCAUACUGGAUGCUUUCAAGUUGAAGUCCGAGCAUUUAAAAUCCGCACCGUUCUCUGUUCGUCUUAAAGUGCAGCCGACCGGUUCUCAUGCAGUUAUCCUUUGCGCCCCAUCCAAAUUGAAGUUUUAUUUGGAGAGGAAAGCUGAAGUGAACAAUCUCAGCAAUCAGAAAGAACUGCCUUUAAUAUGCAUUGACUUGAGUUUCCUCAAAACGCAGCUGAUUGCGCUCCACGACAAUUUAAUUGAUCAGCUACGAGCUGCUGCUUGUGGAAUGCUGAGGUCUCUAAAGGAAGGGCUAUGUUCUGAGUUCAAGGCGCUGAAAAAAACGCUCUUAACUAAUCCGGCAUCUGCUAAAGAAAUGGUCGUUUUAAUUGAUCUUUAUGAUAGACUUCUUGCAAACGAGUUUAAAGAUUUAUUGGAUAAAGUCAAAGAUGCCCUAUCCAAGACAAUUGUUUUAAUGAACCUCACAACUUUAGGACCUGAAGAGCUGAAACUUAACUCGGAACUCCUUUUAUGGCCUAAAAGAAUGAAGCCCGUUUUCAAGCAGUGUUCUAAACUGAUAGAAGACGCCAAAGUCCGUUUCGAGGAAAAAUUGGCUGCCGUGAUCCGCAAAGUACGCGUCGACUUGCUGAACCUGCUGGAGCACGCUGGCGACCUCGAAGCCCUGGGAGACAUCUCCAUGAUCCAGGAGUAUCGGAAGGAGGCCCUGCAGCUGAAGAAGAGGGUGAAAGCUGCCGAAACCGCCAUAGCUUGGAUAAACGAAGAAGAAGCACUGGCAAAGCAGGCGCCGAGUGCAUUCCCCGAGGUCGAGGCUAUAUUAAGCGCUAUAGGACCAUUCAUACAACUCUAUCAGCUGUUCAUUGAUUGGGAUGAAGCUGAGAAAGAGUGGAUGGAUGGUGCAUUUUAUGAAUUAGAUGCUGCCACUAUUGAAACUAAAGUUUCAGAAUAUAAAAUCGAGGCCUUCAAGAUAAAAAAGGACCUGCAAAGGAUACUGAAAGAAAAACUGAAAGAAUCGAAAAGAAAUACAGUCAAAGAAGAAACUCUCCCACCUUUUGAAAUCGUUGAUAACAUAAUCAAGAGAAUCACGAAGUUUGCCCGUUUCGUUCCUGCUAUGGUCGUUCUGUGCAAUCCUGGAAUGAAACUGCGCCACUGGAAAAUGGUCUCCGAAAUAGUUGGGAAGAAGGUGAUUCCAGACACAUCUACAACUUUCAAGGAUCUCAUUGAGAUGAAAAUCCACCAAUUCACUGAUGAAAUUGCUCCCAUCAGCUCCAAAGCAACCAGGGAACUGGGUCUCGAGAGGGCCCUGAAGAAGAUGAAGGAGGAAUGGCAGGAGAUUCAGUUUGUAACUCUCCCGCACCGCGACAGCAACACGCAUGUCCUCUGCUCUCUUGACGACAUCCAGACCUUGCUGGACGAUAAUAUAGUGAAGACACAGGCCAUGAGAGGAUCGCCUUUCGCCAAACCAUUUGAGGGGGAAAUUAAAGAGUGGGAGGAAAUCUUGAAACUGACCCAGGACACCAUCGACGAGUGGCUGAAGGUGCAGAUGCAGUGGCUCUACUUGGAGCCCAUUUUCUCUUCGGCCGACAUUCUGCAACAAAUGCCGCGAGAGGGCGCUCUCUUUCAGGCAGUUGACGCCACCUGGAGGAAGAUCAUGAAGAAGACCAAUGAGAAGCCGAACGUUUUGGAAAACACCUCCACACGAGAAGUGUACAAUGAUUUAGUGAAUUGCAACGACAUGCUCGACAAAAUAAACAAAGGCUUGAAUUCAUACCUGGAAAAGAAAAGAUUAUAUUUUCCGAGAUUUUUCUUCCUGUCCAAUGACGAGAUGCUGGAGAUCUUGUCCGAGACCAAAGAUCCCUUAAGGGUCCAACCUCAUCUCAAGAAGUGUUUCGAGGGGAUCGCAGCGCUCGAUUUCGAUGACGACCUGAGGAUAAGGGGAAUGCUGAGCAGCGAAGAGGAGAAAGUGUUCUUCUCGAAGAUCAUUUCCACGAAGGACGCCAGAGGUCAAGUCGAGAAGUGGCUGUUACAGGUUCAAGACGUAAUGCUGAUAUCUGUUAGAAACGUCAUUCUUGAUGCUCAUAAGUCCUAUGCCAUCAUUGCUAGAAUAAACUGGAUCGUCCAGUGGCCUGGCCAAGUAGUUCUCUGUGUGUCUCAAAUUUACUGGACAGCAGAAGUUCACGAGGCCAUCGCUAGGGGCGUUUCAGCCAUUAAGCGAUAUUACGAGAAGCUGAACAAGCAACUGGCUGAAAUCGUGGACCUGGUGCGCGGAAAGCUGAGCAAGCAGGCUCGCGUGACCUUAGGUGCGCUCGUCGUCAUCGACGUUCACGCCCGGGAUGUGGUGCAGGAAUUAAUCAACAACGACAUUGAGAGUGAAUACGAUUUUCAGUGGCUGGCCCAGCUGCGGUAUUACAUUGAGAUGCUUGAAGAGGAGGAACAGGUUCGGGUGCGGAUCACUAAUGCUGAUGUCAAAUAUGCGUACGAAUACCUUGGAAACACACCGAGGCUGGUCAUCACCCCACUAACAGAUCGCUGCUACCGCACACUCAUUGGAGCUUUCCACCUUCAUUUAAACGGCGCCCCCGAAGGUCCAGCGGGCACUGGCAAAACCGAGACCACCAAAGACUUGGCGAAAGCUCUCGCCGUCCAGUGCGUGGUUUUCAACUGUUCAGAUGGUUUGGAUUAUAUUGCUAUGGGCAAGUUCUUCAAAGGACUUGCUUCUGCAGGUGCGUGGGCUUGUUUCGACGAAUUCAAUCGUAUUGAGCUUGAAGUACUUUCUGUAGUUGCACAGCAGAUUCUGUCGAUCAUUCGAGCUGUUCGGGGAAACGUGGAAACGUUCAAUUUUGAAGGAACCGAACUGACUUUGAAUCCCAACUGCUACGUCUGUAUCACGAUGAACCCUGGCUAUGCCGGACGCUCGGAGCUGCCGGAUAAUCUGAAGGUUCUGUUUCGUACCGUUGCAAUGAUGGUCCCCGACUAUGCUAUGAUUGGAGAAAUUUCUCUCUAUUCUUUUGGCUAUCUGGACGCGAGGAACUUGGCCGUUAAAAUCGUGACGACGUACCGCCUCUGUUCUGAGCAGCUGUCCUCUCAAAAUCAUUACGAUUACGGGAUGCGCGCUGUCAAGGCGGUUUUGGCAGCUUCGGGCAAUUUAAAACUGAAAUUUCCAGAAGCGCAAGAAGAUAUUCUCCUUUUACGCUCCAUAUUGGACGUCAAUUUACCAAAAUUUUUAUCUCACGACAUUCCGCUGUUCGAAGGCAUCAUCUCCGAUCUUUUUCCAGGAGUUGUGAUACCGAAGCCUGAUUAUGAGGUGUUUUUGGAUGCUACCAGAGAAAUCUGUGAGGGCAGAAAUCUUCAGACUCCUGAUGUCUUUGUGAACAAAGUCAUUCAAACUUAUGAGAUGAUGGUUGUGCGCCAUGGUUUCAUGCUCGUCGGGCCGCCCAAUUCAGGGAAAACGAGUGUGCUUCAUGUCUUGGCAGACACUCUUAGCUUGCUGAAGCAGAAAGGAUUUCUGGAGGAAGAAGCGGUCACCCACCGCACGGUCAAUCCGAAAGCGAUCACCAUGGGCCAGCUGUUUGGGGAAUUCGAUCCAGUAACACACGAGUGGACUGACGGAAUUGUGGCUAUCAUCUUUCGAGAGUUCGCCUUCUCCAGGAACCCCAACAGAAAGUGGGUGGUUUUCGAUGGACCAGUCGACACCCUCUGGAUCGAAAGUAUGAAUACUGUUCUGGAUGACAACAAGAAACUCUGUCUGAUGAGCGGCGAAAUCAUCCAGAUGUCCAACUCCAUGAGUCUCAUCUUCGAGGUGAUGGACCUCUCGCAAGCGUCGCCUGCCACCGUGAGUCGCUGCGGCAUGAUCUACAUGGAGGCAACGGCUCUGGGUUGGGAGCCAAAGGUGCAGUCAUGGCUGAAGCUACUCCCCGAGCAGUGGGCCGGUGAAAAUCAGACGUGCAUCUACGCCCUCUGCCAAUGGAUCAUCCCCUCCGCCACCACAUUCGUGAGGAAGAAUUGCAAAGAGCUGGUGAGCACGAGCGACAGUCACCUGGUAGAUUCAUUCUUGCGCUUGGUGGAGAUCAUCAUGAACGAAGCGUGCACGGACGAAGAGGCCUUCUCCAACGCCGACCGGAAGGUGCUCAAGUGCUGGAUCAUAGGUGCCUUCAUGUUCGCCACCGUCUGGUCUGUGGGCGCCGCCUGCGAUGAGGCAAGCAGAGAAAAGUUCAGCAAUUUCCUCAAGGAACUGACAGUGGGCGAGUGCACCGAUCACCCCAUUCCGCCUGACGUCGGCAUGAAGAUCGACUGCACUUUCCCAAAGGAAGGCUCAGUCUACGAUUACAAGUUUCUGACCCGCGGAAAAGGGCAAUGGUACUCGUGGAAAGAUUCCAUCGUACCUCUGGCUGCAACAAGCAUGAACUUCCGAGAAAUCAUCGUUCCAACUGUCGACACGGUGCGGUAUUCCUACCUGAUGGAUUUGAGCAUCCGUCAUCGCAGGCCAGUAUUGUUGGUCGGGCCCACGGGGACUGGCAAGACAGCCUAUGUCCAAGAGAAGAUGAUGAAGGGUCUGGACAGAGAGAUCUACGUGCCUUCCUUUAUCGCUUUCUCGACUCAGACGUCAGCCGGACAAGCACAAGACAUCAUCAUGUCAAAGCUUGAGAAGCGCAGGAAGGGUAUCUUCGGUCCCCCUUUCGGGAAACGGUGCGUCAUCUUCAUCGACGACUUGAACAUGCCGGCCGUCGAGGUGUACGGCGCGCAGCCGCCCAUAGAGCUGCUCAGACAGUUUUUCGAUCACGGAAUGUGGUAUGAGAAGAAAGAAAAGUCAGAAAUUCAUUUAGUGGACACCCAGUUCAUUGCAGCAAUGGGACUUCCUGGAGGAGCUCGCAACAACAUCACGCCGAGGCUUCUGCGCCACUUCGGUGUGAUCGGCGUCAACGCGUUCACUUCCCUCACCAUGAAUACGAUCUUCUCUGCUGUGAUGAGCAUUCACUUCAAGAACAACCAUUUCCCUCCCGAAGCCUUGAUCACGGCUGAGACCAUCGUAUCCGCGACAUCUGUCAUCUACAGUGAAGUGAUCGCCCAUCUUCUACCAACCCCCGCCAAAUCACACUACACCUUCAACUUGAGAGAUUUCGCUCGCGUCAUCCAUGGAUGUUGUCUCAUCAGAAAGGAGUCGCUGGAAAAGAAAAAAAUACUCAUCAGAUUGUGGGUUCAUGAGAUCUAUCGAGUAUUUUAUGAUCGUUUAACAGACAUGGAAGACUGUACCUGGUUAUUUGAACUAAUACGAGUUACUACAGAACUGGAAUUUAAAGAAAAUUUUAACAGUCUUUUCAGACAUCUUUGUUCUUCCAAAGAGGGAAAGGUAUCCGAAGAUGACUUAAGAAACCUAAUGUUUGGCACAUACAUGAACUAUGAAGAAGCGCCUGCAGACAGGCUGUACGACGAGGUUGAAAGCAUAGAGACGUUUGAAACCAUCGCAGAUAAAUGUUUGAUGGAAUAUAAUACUUUCAGCAAAUCGCCGAUCGACAUGGUCAUCUUUAGGUAUGUGUUGGAACAUUUGUCAAGACUUUGCCGCAUCUUAUCGAUACCCGGAGGCAAUGCCUUGCUGGUAGGUGUGGGAGGGAGCGGCCGGCAAUCUGUUACGAAACUUGCUGCCUUCAUCACUGGACAGUGGUUGUUUCAACCAGAGAUAACGAAAAAUUAUGGACUCAACGAAUGGAGAGAAGAUAUCAAACGCGUUAUGAAGUCUGCUGGAGCCGAAGGGAAAGGAACAGUUUUUCUGGUGACGGACACCCAAAUCAAGGAAGAGUCUUUUCUAGAAGACAUCGAUAAUUUGCUUAACUCUGGAGAAGUUCCAAAUAUUUUCGCAGUUGAUGAAAAGCAAGAGAAGAUAGAAUCCGUCCGUCCUUUGGUGGAGAAAGAGGAAGGCGCGGACCUCUCUCCACUCUCCCUCUUCUCUUACUUCGUGAAGCGGUCGAGUGAGAAUAUGCAUAUCAUUAUCGCCAUGAGUCCUAUCGGCAACGCCUUCCGUGUGAGACUCAGACAAUUCCCUUCCCUCAUCAACUGCUGUACCAUCGAUUGGUUUCAGACUUGGCCAGAAGAUGCCUUAGAGAGAGUGGCAGAGCAUUACUUUAAGGACAUGGAACUGAAGAAAUCAAUGAAAAAGAACAGUGUCAUUAUUUGUAAAUACUUCCAUGUAAGAUCGCAGGAGUUGUCUAACAUGUUUGCGAGUGAGUUGGGGCGGCAAACCUACAUCACUCCCACUUCCUACCUGACCCUGAUCUCAUCUUUUAAGCAACUGCUGAGCGAGAAGCAGCAGGAGACGCGCGCCGCCAUCCAGCGGUACGAAGGGGGCCUCAGCCAACUCGAGUUCUUCUCAGUCACCAUCACCGGCAUGCAGAAGGACAUUGAGGAGUUGCAACCCAAGCUGGUUGUCGCCAAGGAGGAGGCGGAGGCCUUCAUCGAGAAAAUCAAGAAGGAGUCCGCCGACGUGGAGAAGGUGAAGGCGGUGGUGAACAAGGACGAGGAAUACGCCAGUGCCCAGGCGAGAGAAGCCUCUGCCCUCAAGGAAGAGUGUGAGGCAGAUCUGGCGGAGGCCCUGCCGGCGCUCGAGGAAGCCCUGCGAGCUCUCGAUACACUCAAGCCAUCCGACAUCACUCUCGUCAAAUCUAUGAAGAAUCCACCGAAUGCCGUGAAAGUGGUGCUGGCCGCCGUGUGCAUCAUGCAGAAUAUAAAACCCGACAGAGUGACGGACCCUGCUACGGGAAGGAAAGUGAAUGACUACUGGGGGCCAUCCAAGAAACUGCUUGGCGACAUGGGUUUCCUCCAAUCUCUCAGAGAUUACGAUAGAGACAACAUUGAUCCAGCAAUCAUGGAAAAAAUUCGCUCAGAGUACAUUCCGUUGGCAGAGUUUAAUCCAGCCAAUGUUGCAAAAGCUUCAUCCGCUGCCGAGGGCCUAUGCAGAUGGGUGCUGGCCAUGGAACUCUACGACAGGACGGCGAAAGUGGUCGCCCCAAAGAAGGCUAAGUUGGCAGAAGCCGAGCAACAGCUGUCUGUGAUCAUGGAGUUGCUGCAGACGAAACGGUCCGAGCUGGCCGCCCUGGAGUCGAAGCUGGCCGCUCUGCGCAGGGACUGUGAUUUGUCCGUCCAGAAGAAAAAAGAUCUGGAAGCCCAAGCCAAGCUUUGUGAAAUCAACUUGCAAAGAGCCGAGAAGCUCAUCGGGGGGCUCGGUGGAGAGCGGAUCAGGUGGGCCAAUGAAGCCAAAAGUCUUCGAACCAAAUUUGAAAACCUUCCUGGUGAUGUUCUUUUGGCAUCAGGUGUCAUAGCCUAUCUUGGACCAUAUACUUCUUAUUACCGCAGUUUGUGCACUGCAGAUUGGGUUGAGUUUUGCAUGCAUCACAGAAUUCCUUGCACCCAGAAUUUUUCACUCGGUGAGACCUUAGGGAAUCCUGUGAAAAUUCAGUUCUGGAACUUGAACGGUUUGCCAAGAGACGCUUUUUCGACGGACAAUGGAGUCAUCGUCGAAUAUGGAAAACGAUGGCCUUUACUAAUAGAUCCUCAGGGACAGGCGAGCAAAUGGGUGAAAAAUAUGGAAAAAGAGAACCUCUCUAUUGUGAAACUUACUGACCCCGAUAUCCUAAGAACGUUGGAGAACAGCGUUCAGUUCGGAUGGCCAGUGCUGUUGGAGGACGUGGGCGAAGAACUCGAUCCCUCUCUGGAGCCUCUUCUUCAACGCAAGACGUUUAAACACGGUGGUGUCGACAUGGUCCAGUUGGGCGACUCCAGCAUAGAAUUCAAUAAAGACUUCCGGCUGUACAUCACUACCAAACUGAGAAACCCUCACUACCUGCCAGAGAUUUCGACCAAAGUCUCUCUCAUCAAUUUCAUGAUAACACCGGAAGGCCUGGAAGAUCAACUUCUGGGAAUUGUCGUCGCAAAAGAAAGACCCGAUCUGGAGGAGGCCCGACAGCAGCUGAUCGUGCAGACGGCGGCCAACAGGAAGUCCCUCCAGGAGCUUGAAGACAAGAUCUUGUUCACGCUCGCUCAGUCAGAAGGCAGCAACAUCCUUGAAAACGAAGAGGCCACCGAAGUCCUCGACUCAUCGAAAUUUCUCGUGGAUGACAUAAAGGCCAAGCAGAAGAUAGCUGACGAAACCACCGCCAACAUCAAUAAGUCCCGAGAAUCCUACAAAUGCGUCGCCCAACGUUCUUCGGUGCUGUUUUUCUCAAUAACCGAUCUUCCGAACGUGGAUCCAAUGUACCAGUACUCUCUGAAUUGGUUCAUCAACCUCUUCCUCAGGGCUAUUCAGCACAGCGAAAAAUCUGAAGAUUUAUCUCAAAGACUUCAAAAUUUGAAUGAAUAUUUCAUAUAUAGCUUGUAUUGCAACAUUUGCCGGUCGCUGUUUGAGAAGGACAAGCUGCUCUUUUCUUUCAUUCUUUGCUGCAAUUUGCUCAUGUUUGAGAAGAAGCUGGAGAAGAGCGAGUUUAAGUUCUUCUUGACUGGCGGCGUGGGACUCGAGAAUCCUUUCCCGAACCCUGCUCCCACCUGGCUGCCGGACAAAAGCUGGGAUGAAGUGUGCAGGCUCGCUGAUUUCCCCGCUCUCUCGUCCCUCAGGGAAGAGUUUACUUCAAGCCCCGAAAGUUGGAAGCCUAUGUAUGAAUCGAAAGAGCCCCAGAAUCUGUCACUUCCAGGCAAGUGGACUGAAUCGACGACGCCUUUUCAGGAGCUUCUAAUCCUGCGCUGCUUGAGAGCGGAUAAGAUAGUGGUCUUGGUCACGAAGUUCGUGGCCGACCAACUCGGGGUAGAGUUUGUGCGCCCUCCGCCCUUCGACCUACCUCAGAGCUAUGGAGACUCCAGUGCCACGGUGCCAUUACUCUUUGUGCUAUCACCUGGGGCUGAUCCCAUGGCCGCACUGCUCAAGUUUGCCGAGGACCAGGGAUUUGGAGGGGAUAAAUUUGGUGCCAUAUCCUUAGGACAAGGACAGGGCCCCAUCGCUGAAGCCAUGAUAAAGAAAGCCCAAAAGAAUGGCUCCUGGGUGGCUUUGCAAAACUGUCACUUAGCUGUGUCAUGGAUGCCGCAACUGGAAAGAAUAUGCUCUGAACUGGCCGACAGCACAACACAUCCGGACUUUCGUCUUUGGCUCACAAGUUAUCCGUCGCCAAAGUUCCCCGUGUCUGUGCUCCAAAAUGGCGUAAAAAUGACGAAUGAACCGCCCACUGGCCUGAAGCAAAAUUUGCUUCAAUCAUUUUUGAGUACGCCUAUCAGUGACCAGGAAUUCUUCAAUGGUUGUGGGCAAAAAAACAAGGUGUUCCAGAGACUGGUAUUCAGCCUGUGCUUCUUUCAUGCUCUAAUUCAGGAGCGCAAGAAAUUCGGUCCCAUCGGCUGGAACAUCCCGUAUGGUUUCAACGAAUCUGAUCUGCGCAUCUCCCUGCAGCAGCUGCAGAUGUUCGUGAACGAGUACCGGGAGGUGCCCUUCGAGGCCAUCACCUACAUGACUGGCGAGUGCAACUACGGGGGUAGGGUCACCGACGACUGGGACAGGAGGUGUCUGCUAACGUUGUUGGCCGAUUUCUGCAACCCCGAUAUCAUUGAAGAGGAUGAAUACAGAUUAUCUCCUGAUGGAAAGUACACUGUGCCAGAUACAGACUCCUACGAAGAAUUCUUGGAUUUUAUAGAAAGCCUGCCUUCCACCCAACAGCCCGAGGUCUUCGGCAUGCACGAGAACGUGGACAUCACUCGAGAGCUGCAGGAGAGUCGGAGGCUGGUGGAUAGCAUCUUGCUCACGGAAGGCACGGGCAGCUCGGCAGAUGGCGGAACAACCGAUCAGCAGCUCAGUGAAGUGGCUGCCGACAUACUGGCAAAGCUGCCGGCGAAUUUCGAUAUGGAAGAAGCGAAUGCGAGGUAUCCCGUGCGAUACGAUGAGAGUAUGAAUACAGUUUUAGUUCAAGAAAUGGAACGGUUUAACAGGUUGCUUCACAUCAUCCGCAGCAGUUUGCAGCAACUUCAGGCCGUCAUUAAAGGCUUAGUGGUUAUGUCGGCCGAUUUAGAAGCCAUGACCGGAAGCCUGCUGAUUGGCCGUCUGCCUGCCAUGUGGGCGGCUGUUUCGUACCCCUCCCUAAAGCCUCUAGGCAGCUACAUCAAUGACUUCAUCCACAGACUCAAUUUUUUGAAGAAAUGGUUCGAAACUGGUAAGCCACCUGUUUUCUGGUUGUCUGGAUUCUAUUUCACUCAAGCUUUCCUGACUGGGGCGAUGCAAAACUUCGCUCGCAAGUACAAAAUACCAAUCGACCAGCUUGCAUUCGAAUACGAGGUUCUGAAAAUAGACGAUUCGGACACUGCACCUGAAGAUGGCGUUUACAUAAAUGGUUUGUUUUUAGAUGGGGCGAAAUGGAACAGAGAACAGAAUCUGCUGGACGAACAGGAUUCCAAAGUGCUUACUUGUCCAAUGCCGGUCAUCUGGCUAUUGCCCUGCAUGAAAGUUUCUAUAGAGGAGCAUGGCCGCUACAAGUCCCCCCUAUACAAGACAAGUGAAAGGCGGGGCACUCUCUCCACGACAGGACAUUCCACCAAUUAUGUGCUGCACUUUCUUCUCCCCACAGACAGACCACCACAGCAUUGGAUCAAAAGAGGAACUGCCCUGUUAUGCCAGCUAGAUGACUAAAGACUCUUUAUUAUUUCUUUGAUUCAGGGUCUUGUAUCUAACUUCACAUUUGUUGAUACUGUUUAUUGGUAUAAUUUUAUUAAUUUGUCAUUUCUUUGGUGACAGCAAUUCACAUAAUAAACUGUUUAUAAAAAUAUAUUUGUGUGGAUGU